UCGAGUUUAUUGUUAGGCACAAAAGGCGCGAUGUUACCAAGACGACUGGAAGCUAAACAAAUGGAGCAAAGUGGUAGAUGAAGAAGAUUAUUACAUUUCUGCCUGGUAAAACAUACAAAUCAACGAGAGGCUUGCAACAGCUCCACGCAAUGAUGGCUUCAAUGAGCCAGUGGCGCAACAUGAAGCACAGUCAGCAGCAGAGGGUGAUCUCGGAAUUUCGACGGCAGGAGGAGCAACGAGAAGACCAGACAAAACGCAUCACUAAGGACAGACAAAUGCAAGCCAAUCUAAUGAGUGAGGAGAGACUUGAAAAGAAGCGAUACCUACGCAAGGUGCAAGACGAGCUGCACGAAAGCCAAAUUGAGGAUGCUCUCAUCAAGGCAGAGGAGGAGAGAAUAUACAAGGAAAAGCAACUGCAACAAGAGGAAAGAAUGGCACAAGAACUGGCCCGCAUCAGCUAUGAAAAGCUUAGAGAUGAAAAAAUGAGGCAAUAUAUAAAAGAGAACAGUGUUGAACUCCGUGAGUUGGAGGGGCAGCUCAAGUCUGCAUACCUAAACCGGGAGAGGGCCGCACAGAUUGCUGAAAAGGAGUCUAUGAGAUAUGAGACAGUGCGUCAGGAGGCUGAUAUUGCUCGUAAGAUGAAGAGCGAGCAUGAGCGGGCCUCUAUGGAGCAGGAGAAGCAAGAACAUAAGCGCUACGAGGAGGUAGUGCAGUACCAGCAGGAGCUGGAACAGCAGCUGGAGGAGAAAGAGCACAAGAGACAGGAGGCUUAUGAGGAGUUCCUCAAGGAGAAACUCAUGGUUGACGAAAUCGUCAGGAAGAUCUAUGAGGAGGAUCAAAUGGAGAGGCAGUUAAGACUGGAAAAGAUAACAGCCACUCAAAGGUACAUAGAGGAGUUCAAGAGCCAGCAGACUGAGUGGAGACUGAUGGAGCGGGAGAAGAUGGAGGCUGAGAACAGACGCAUCCUGGAAUUUGCCAGUUACCAGCAGCAUAAGGAGAAGAGCAGAAUGGAGAAAGUCAGAGAACGAGAGCAGGCAAAAGAACAUCUUCACCAGAUGCUCACUGAGAAGAUUGAAAUGGAAAGGCAGCAGCGUGACGAGAUGGAGCGUGUUCGUGAAGAGCUUUGUCUGGAGGAGCAAGCCGAAGCUGCAAGGCAGAAACAAAUCGAAGAUAUGGAGAAGAGAAUCAGACAGAGGCUGGAGUUGCAGCAGACCUGCCAAGAGCAAAUAGCCUUCAAGGAAAUGCGGAGGCAGGCUGAGAAGGUGGAGGAGGAGGCCUUCAGGCAGAUGAUGAUGGCCAAGUUUGCUGAGGACGACCGCAUAGAGCAGAUGAAUGCGCAGAAACGUCGCAUGAAGCAGCUUGAGCACAAGAGGGCUGUGGAGAAACUGCUGGAGGACAGGAGACAGCAGUACCUGGCUGACAAGGAACGUGAGGCUGAAGAAAGAGCAAUGGAACAGGAGAGGGAGACACUGCGUCGACAGAUCAUUGAGGAGGAAAGGCAAAGCCUUCUCAAACUCCAUGCCACAAAACUUCUGGGCUAUUUACCUAAGGGCAUAUUCCGGGAAGAUGACCUUGAACACUUUGAUGAGGACUUCAGAAGCAAUUUCCAAAAGCGACAGGCUGACAUCUUUGAUGAAGAGGGCUGGGGAGAUGGUGAAUAACCACUUUCUAUACUACACCACUAGAUGGCAUUAUUGGGUAGAUGCUGUCUAGUGUGUUUUUUGUGUGUAUCAAAUGGUGGAUUUCUUAUGGCGAUGGUGUACUCAAAAAUGUAUUAAGUUGCAAAGACUAAUUUGUAUCCCACUAGCUGCAUAUCACCACACCUUAAAUCCUAUCAUGGAGGUGCAGCAAUUUUCAGUUGAAGUCAUUUGGUAAUAAACAAAAACUACACCAUUUCCUUUAUUAGGUGAUAAUGCAACUACAGUUUAAAUUGAUUUAACCCAUUAUUGUAAUAAAAUGCUAAACUUUUAAAAUACAACUGCAUUAAAAAUAUAGUCUGUAUAAAAGGACACAUAAUCAAUGUUGUUGCUAACCAUAAGAAUACAUUCAAGGCAAGCAGGAUUGUAUUACAUACAUUUUUCAGUAUUGCUUUAUGAUUUCCCCCAGUCAAGAGCUUUCAUGAAUCCCUCUUCUGUAAAUGACAACAUCUUGGCAGCUUCUAAAUGCAUCUGCUCAAGCAAGAGGAAAAAUAUAUCAGUUGGAUAAGGAGAAAUAUCAAUAAUGAUACUGCCUUGUAACAAUUACUUGCAGUUAAUAUGAGGACUUACUUUUUGCCUUUUCAGUGUAUCAAUCAGUUUGAGCUGUUUUUUACAACCCACUAUCAGUUCAGCUUUUUGCUUUUCCAGCUUCUUGUUUUUGGCUUUUAAUGUUUCUAAUUGUUUUAUGCUCCUGGUCUACUGUGUCCUUUUGGAAAGGAUAGACAUAAAACAAGUUUAUUUAACCUGGGUUAUACAACAAGUGACAGAAGCCAAACUUGAAUACCAAAAUCUAAACUAUACUAAUAGCAUAGCACUAUCUAUCAAUACAAUUUAGUGUAAAUGAUUGAUGUAAUCACUAAAUGCACUGAUGGGUGGUUUAAUUUAUCUUGCUCAUCUGCUUGAGCUUGGUCAGUUGUGUCUUGGACCUCUCAACUUCCUCCAAGCCUCUGUUCAGUCUUACCUCUAUGGCACUGUGAUUGGUUGCUGCCUGUUUUUGUGCUCUCUUCAAACCCCCAAUUUCCUUUGUUAAACACGCACGGGGGCAAGCUAAAUCAGUAAAAGCAUUUUGUGUAACGUUUUUAUAGCGCACCAACACACAUUUUCAAAAGCACUGUUAUGAUAAUGGUAAUAUUUGGUUAGAUAGCUACAAAAACUGACUGUCAUCACAUGUACUCAUUAAUGUUAUAUUUCAGAAAUUAAAUGUGAAUAGUUGUAAAUUAAACCGAUAAUUGUUGUGACUAAGCAAUAGGAAGCCAUCAACCAUUCAUUCUUCUUUUCUUUGGGAGUGGACAUACUAAAUGUACAAAACAUUAGGAACACCUGCUCUUUCCAUGUCAAACUGACCAGGUUCCAUGCUUUUGUUCAAUCUUUACUAACGACAUGUCACUGGCUUUGAAUAAGGCUCAACACAAUACUCGUCAGCUACUACAGUGAUUGAAAUGACUGCAACACUUAAAGAGCUGCAGUUAGUUUCAGAAUGGGUAGCAAGGAAUAAGAUAGACCUAAAUAUUUCCAAAACUAAAAGCAUUGUAUUUGGGACAAAUCAUUCACUAAACCUCAACUACGUCUCGUAAUGAAUAAUGUGGAAAUUGAGCAAAUUGAGGUGACUAAACUGCUUGGAGUAACCCUGGAUUGUAAACUGUCAUGGUCAACAUAUUGAUACAACAGGAGCUAAGAUGGGGAGAAGUCUGUCCAUAAUAAAGCGUUGCUCUGCCUUCUUAACAACACUAUCAACAAGGAAGGUCCAACAGGUCCUAGUUUCGUCACACCUAGACUACUGUUCAGUAGUGUGGUGUCAUGACGUUGGCCUGUUGGGGGAGGUUUAUGACCCCCAUAAAACCUUUUCUCUCUACUUUAUAGAGUUGACUCUUGUAAAGAAUUUGUAACAUAGAGUCUGGUAACAUUGAAAGGUGGGAAACGGAACCAUAUUUCGGUAAUCCAACCAGUUGAAAACAUGCGUUGGUACUUAAUGAAUAUGAUCUCAGAUCAGUUGUUGUCUGAGAUAUUACUACUAAUGACAGGAUGACAUAAACUAUCUUGGAAAGUCGAUACAUUCUAGUUAUCAGAUUCACAUGGAAUUGUGUGCAAUUUAAAUGUUUAAAUAUGAAACUAUUUGUGAAAAGAUUAAAUGUAAUUUUAGCUUCUUAAAUGAGAGAACGGUUUGUCAUAGAGAAACUCUGCUCACUCACCCAAGUGAACAGACUUUGGUUGUAAACUAUGAAACACGCCCUUCUUUCACCACUAUAUAAACCCGUUGACAAAAAUUCAACUUACUGUUCCGAGGACGUGAGGACGACGGUCUUACGUUAAAAGGGCUCAAUUAGCAUCGUGUUCAAUGUGAAGGUGACGAUCGACACACCGAAAGGAGGAAUUUCAACUAUACCAGCCAGAAUAUAGCACGAGCUUAAAAGUAUGGCUUGGUGUGAACUUUGAACUCUUAUUCACUCCAGAAGUGAUACCUCCUAGCCGUUGAGUUAGCAGCAGCCGCUGUAAACUUGGGCUAGGAAAGGACGAACGACGUAUUCAAUCUAACACACACAACGAUACUACAAUGUAUCCAGCUUACCACCAGAGACAUACUUCAAGAGGACAAGAGAUCCCUGCUGGGCAACCCGGCCUUCCAUCUACGACCAACCUAUUGAAGCGAAGUUCAGAGUAAAUAUUAAUUGCAUUUUCCUUUUUCCAAAUGGGCGGUUAUUUGGAAUGCAUAAGAUUCUGUAUUUACGAUAGCAUAGCUUCUCCCUUUUGUUACUCAGUCUUCCCGCUCUUUCAUUCAAAACCCAAACCCCUUUCUUUGUGUAACCAGCCGUCAUAUCUGUUCCGUCCACUAGGGACAUUUUCUUUUAUGACAUAAUUUGUAAUCAAUGUAUGAUCCUGAUCCAUUCUGGGUAGAUGUAAUUCUGUGUGAUUAUUUAGUAAAUAAAUAAUUAAACAAAA